UCUCUCUGCCUCUUUCUUUCUUUCUUUCUCUCUGACUUUUUUCCUCCUUCGCUUCCUCCUCUCUCUCUCUGUUCCUCUCCCUCCUUCCAUGUCCGAUCCGGGGGAGUUGGUCCUUGCCUCCUCUUCCUCCAGGAGCAGCCUCCCUUCUUCUUCUCCUUAAAAGCGGGGCGUCGGAGGGGGCGACCCAUCCGGAGGAGCCGAGGGGGAGGCCCUUGCCUUGUCCCGGGCCCUCGGGGGCCCUCCUCGGCCGCCACCAUUCCGGCUCCUCCGGGGGGGGAGGCCCGGGGCCCCUCGGCCUCCGCCGGCUGCUCCGGGGCUGAGCCUGGGCCGGAAGACGCUGCUGGCGGCGGGGCUCGGGGUGGUGAUGCUGCUGGGGCUGGUGGUCCUCAUCCCGGUCCUGGUCAACUCCUCGGUCGGCCUCGACGCCUCUGCCUCCGCCGCCUCCGCCGCCGCCUCGGGCCACUACGAGAUGCUGGGCUCCUGCCGCAUGGUCUGCGAGCCCUACCUCCGCGACCCCCCGACCACCCCCGGCGCCAGCCUCCAGGGCCCCGGGCCCCCCUCCACCCUCCUCCAGGGGCCCCAGGGAAAGCCCGGACGCACCGGAAAGAUGGGGCCCCCGGGGCCUCCGGGAGAGCCAGGGCCCCCCGGCGGCAGGGGUCCCCCCGGGGAGAAGGGCGAUCCCGGCCGACGGGGCCCCCCCGGCCUCCCCGGCCUCCCUGGCUCUCCCUCCUCGGGCCCGAUCAGCACGGCCACCUACAGCACGGUGCCCCGCGUGGCCUUCUACGCCGGCCUCAAGAACCCCCACGAGGGCUACGAGGUGCUCAAGUUCGACGACGUGGUCACCAACCUGGGCAACAACUACGAGGCCGCCUCCGGCAAGUUCACCUGCAACGUCCCCGGCACCUACUUCUUCACGUACCACGUCCUCAUGCGCGGAGGGGACGGCACCUCCAUGUGGGCAGACCUCUGCAAGAACGGACAGGUGCGAGCCAGUGCCAUUGCACAAGAUGCGGAUCAGAACUACGACUAUGCCAGCAACAGUGUCAUCCUACACCUGGAUGCCGGUGAUGAGGUGUUUAUCAAGCUGGACGGAGGAAAAGCCCAUGGGGGCAAUAACAACAAAUACAGCACCUUUUCAGGCUUCAUCAUCUACUCAGACUGAGGGCUGUGCCCACAUGCAACCUGGUUUCUACAUGUGGCAAAGUCUGCUGGGGAAUCCGCCACUACUGCCAUCUUGCACACAGCCAGUCUUUCCCUUCCAGGGUGCCCUGGUUGUGUCCCUGUUGCCCUUUUUCCUAAGGGGCACUGUGGAUGAACAUCCUAUGAUAUUCACGUUAAUCCCCAUCUCCUUUCCUUCAUGCACUUCUAGGAGCGUCACUGGUCACUUUCAAGGGUGUAUUUAUUUGGGGGAAAGAGGCUAAAAAGAAAGCAAAGGUCUUUCCCAAAUGAUCUAAGGUAGAGCCUGGAGGGACAGUCUUAUUGCUUGAAACAGUGAUUAAUGAAUUUAUCAUCUCACCAUCCACAGACACAUUUUCAUCUUUGUGCCAGAGGCAAAGGUCUGAAUUUAAAUACUCAAAUCUACAUUUUAGAACUUCACAUUUGGAUUUGAGUAUGGCAUGUGGAAGAUCCUGUGUUUGUGUGUGCAUGCACCUGGAUGCAUGAAAGACAUCACCUUUCAAAUACAGAAAAAUAGGGGUAGAUUAAAUGAAAUAUUUACAUUUGGAAUUAUCUAAAAUGUCAACAGUGACAUCGCAAAACAUUUAAUUUGGUCUGGUUUUUUUUUUCCCCUUUACAUGGAAUAGCAAAAAUUAUGUUCACUGCGUGAGUCCAGGAAUAUUCCCAGUCCACUCACCUCCAUUUUACCUCUCCAGGGGAAAGGGGGAGUGAUUUGUAUAUGUGCAUGCAUACACAUACACGCCUUUAAUCCAUAAGGACACUGGAUGCCUUAGCACAUGAAUACUCCCCUACAAACAUCCCCUGUUCAUUUCAGGCUAAUACUGUGCAGACCAGAGGCCUUCUGUAUAACUCUGGCAUCCAUCCCCUACCCAAGUGGCCUUCCUGGACCAACACCCAAAUCCAUCCAAUGUAAAUCAUAUUUAACCUAUUCCCUAUUAACAGGAGUUGGGUGGAUUCCAAUGCUCGCCCCAAUCAUUCCAUUGUGUAUAUAUGUACAAUAUAUGUGUAUAUACUCAGAUAGAUCUUAUUCCAUGAAUGUUAUAUCCACAUCAGAAGCAGCAGUAGUGGUACAGGUGGCAUCUACCUUGAUUCCUAUCUGUCAGUCUUCUCCCUAUCCAUAAUCUAUAGGAUAAUCUCUCACCAUUCUUUUCCCAACUGAGUAUCACAGUGGUGACCUUUAUUUUGUUGGGUUUCUGGUAGGAGAAAUGUGACGGAUAGGACCACAAUGGGGGGAUUUGUUUCUUUUAAUCUAUGUCCAGGCAAAAAUCCAUGAUCUUACUUAAUAAGAGCUGUGAUCUUCUGUGAGUUUCUGUCUCUUCUUCUAUUGGCCAGUCUCCUGUCGGCUUUGAAUUUUUUUGAAAAUGAGAAUGAGACUCACCUGAAUUCUUAUUUCUUCUGUUUUGUAAAGAUAGGGAAAAACAACAACAAGAAAAAAAACUAUGAACGCACAUGUUAUAAGACUCAUACUAGGGACCCCCCCCCUUUGAAACUAAUUUGUAACAGUGGCCUUUAUAUAAACACACAUAGAAAAAGAAAGUGUAAUGACUGAGAGUAAGUUCACAUUUCUCUUUUUCAUGUGCCAAAAAACGGAUAACAUGACUUGCACAACAGGCAUGGAUGGGAUACCAGUAGGUUAAAAUGGGCUUCUCUAGAUAGGGUAUAGGUUGGAAGUUGUAGUAUAAGUUGCUAUAGUUGCUAUGAUGGCAUGGAGAAUCCUUUUGGGGGUGUUAAAAAAAUAUCCACAUGAUGUUUCAUCAAUCCCGUUCUGGAAAUGCCUGGCAUUAGUUACAACGUUUUAUUCCCAUCCUCAAGUAGGUUUCUUUUUUUGAAUUCCAAGACAUCGGAAUGAAAGUCUUCUCUCCUCCCUCCCUCUCUUUUUCAAAGAAUUAUAGUGCUAUAGUGCAUCAGUUAAAUGAUCCUUUUGCA